AUGAGUCAGGAAUCAACGCCGGUGGUGAAAUCCGGAAACGCGGGUCUGCAACUUUGCGAAAAUGCGAUGGAUGAAGUCUAUCGUUUCAAAGAAGUGUUGGGGUUGGACGUAAUUAUAUGGACUCCGCCUCCUCUAUCAACUCCGUGGAAACGCCAUCUUUUGACAGAUGGAGUGGCGAUAAUCAACUUUCUAUCCAUGUACGCCGAGACCCAUUCAAAGGACUAUCUAUCGCUCGCCACUACCUUAGCAACUUUAACCCACUUGAUCCUAGCCGAUUCCUCAGCCGUCAAGGGGCUAAAAUUAUCUGGUGGUGUGAUAUGGAUAUUCGCUCUAGGCCGCUUGAGUUUGGCGACGGAUAAUGCUGAUUGGCUCGACUUGGCUGUACAAGUUGCUAAUGACUUGUUCUCCGAUGCUGAACACCGUGGGAUUGCUCGAAUUGGUGGUAAAUCUCCUCGCAAGUCCCCUCAUAAAUCCCCGGAAGACGACCUACAGAGCAUUAUUGAUAAAGGCCACGAUAUCGGCCUGAUGGGCACUUACUAUAUUGGGGUCGUUACUAAAAUACUGCUAUUCUCCGCGGAACUAUUAAAUCAUAAGCAGUCCCGUCUUUUGAACCUCGUCUACCGAACUACCGGGUCAUUACAAAGCAAAGAACACCUGUUGCAUUUAGAAGACCCCCUCGACGCUGGGUUCGCCUUGUGGAUAUCACAUUUCAACCCUGACGGCGUUAUGGAAAAACAAUUGGUCCAGGAUGCGUUGAGCAUCUUCGAAGGAUGCCUCCCCGAAGGGAAAGAUGGUUCUCUGGAUUUGGACACGACGAAGCACACGGCGAUUUCAAGUUUCGCGAUGAGCAUUGGGCUCAAGUGUAGCAAGACGUCGUUCUGGACAUCAUUAGUUGCCGACAAGUUAGUCACGUUCUGGGAGAAGAAAGCCGACGUAUGGGCAGUAGGAAAAGACAGGUCGGAAACAGCGAUUGUGAUGUACGCUGCGGCAGUAGCCCCACGAGUAUUCAACAGGGAGUGA